AUGGUCCAUUGCAGCCCUUGCAGCUUGAUUCGCAGGUCCGUUAGGUCUUUGCUUCAGGGUGGUGCCGAACAUUUGCUGCUUCUGCGGCCUGCCCUGUACAGGCCAAGCCACAUGAGCACGUUAAGCCGCUGGUUCCAUAUCCUUUCAGCUCCCAUCCCAGAGCUUGAUGACAUGGUGCCUUCUCGCUUCGCCGAGCUUUAUUUGUCCUUGCCCACUUCUGCUACCAUUUGGCCUUGCCAGUCUUUGUGCACUGGAACUGCGCCUGAGCCUUCUGCCCGGCUCUGUGUACCAAGGCGUUGCCAAACCCAAAAGUUCACCAAUUCCCUGGUAGUUGAACCUAGGCAGCAGCUGCACAUGGUCGGCUAUGAAGGCCUAGCAGACCAAGUUGAAGUGACCCGCGAUGGACUCAAGUUCCAUGCGCUA